AUGCCUGACAAACCGGAGCUACAAGUCGAUACAAAGAAUGGUCCCGUUCUAGGCUUCAGAGAUGUCUUUCCACUCGGCGAGCACUCGGGCUAUCCUGGCUCACCUGCAAAGCACGACAAAUCUCAUCAUCGGCCGGCUCUACGUAAAUGGCUAGGCAUACCAUUUGCUCAGGCCGAGCGAUGGACGAGACCCAGAGCGCCAGAGCCUUGGACAGAACCUCUACAGGCAUACGAUUAUGGCGUAGCGCCACCGCAGCCGCCGUCCACAUUGACAAAGAUGUUUGAGGGCAAGCAAGGUGUCUACAUGCGAAGUCAUUACAAGCAAUCGGAGCAUGGCUGUCUAACCCUCAAUGUCUUCGCACCUGACCUGCCCAACGAACAGAUGAAAGGCUUGCCUGUCUUGCACUGGCAAUAUGGCGGCGCCCUCAAUACCGGCUCGUGCGAUCGAAUGUCGUAUGACCCCACUGAAUGGGUCAGGCGGCAGCAAGCAGCAGGCGAGCCCGUCAUCAUUGUCACCUCAAACAUGCGCGUCAAUAUCUAUGGCUUCUUCGCCCAUCCAGACCUUGCCAAGGUGGAUCCGGACGGCCUGGCAGGCAACUAUGGGCUGUACGAUACAAUAGCUGCACUCGAAUGGACGCGCGACAAUAUAGAGGCAUUCGGAGGAGACGCGAACAAUGUCUGUGUCGUCGGAGAGUCAGCCGGAGCUUUCGUGAUUAGCCAGCUGCUUGUGUGCGGUCGCAAACUCUUCACACGCGCAAUCUUGCAGUCCGGUUUCGCCGCCACUUGUCCCGUGGCACCGCUUGUCGAGCAGUACUCCUAUCGCUGGUAUCCACAAUUGCUCGAGCUAGCCGGCGUAGACGUCGAAUCCUCGACCGCAGUCGAACGCGUCGAGGCACUGCGCAAGCUAGACACUGACACGCUCAAUGAAUGGAUCAUGGAUCCUCAGCGCAUGCACCAGUGGGGGAUGGUACUCGAGAGUGGGAGUCAGGCUAUAUGGCGAGAGCCGACUAAUCUCAAGAUUGAACGAGGCGAGAUUGAUCCGUGGGUCGAAGAGAUCAUACUCGGCUGCAACGAGGAUGAGGGCACCUUAUUUUGCUACUCCAUGCAGCUCUGGAAUCGAGAGAAUCUAGAGCGCAGACUGGCGUUGACGUUCGGCAACGAUUUCGUCAAAGCAGCCGAAGAAAUGUAUCCACCCACGCCAAAAGAUCAGAGACCGGAAGAGUUCACGUCGAUGAGUGAGUCUCACCUCAUCGGCGAUUGGAUAUUUCAGAGCCAGUGCUUCCAUAUGGCGCAAAGCCUGGCUAAGCUGCGCAAAACUACGGUGCGGCUGUAUCGCUAUCAGCAGACAGUGCAUCGCUUGUUCGACGGCUAUGGUUUCGGCUCAAUGCACGCCGCAGAACUCACCGUCCUCUUCAAUUGCGACAGUCUUUGGGAGAAAGAAUCGGUCGAGGCCAAGACGUCACAGGCAAUCGGCUCACGAUGGGCAGCCUUUGCCAAGGGCGCAAUCUCGGAUUGGCCGUUAUAUGAGCCAGAUAGCGCUCAAGCGCUCUAUUUUAAGGCGGACGGUUCUACCAAGAUUGGGGACCUGAAGCCAGACGAGCAGAAACAGGCUCUAUGGAUAGGCGCUCUACUAGGCGUAUCGCGCAAGAUGAUCGGCAAGUAG